GGGCGUCGAUCUUUGAACAACAGAUUUUGUGCUCUGGCACCAAGAAUCUUGUCUUGCAAGACUUCUUAGAGAAACGGCACAAGAAGGUUGCUUCCAGAUUUCUUUGUCAUCAGGCUUUUCUUGAAAGAGAUAACACUAUGAUGUGAGAAUAAGUGGCAUUUGAAGAUACUUUUACCAGGUCUUGCUGGGAAGAACAGUUCUUUUUACGCGAAAAGAAAGCGGAUGGAUUGCCUAAAAAACUGCUUGAUUUUAUGCCAAUCCAAACACAUGCAAGUUUUCGGUGGAUCAGCGUAAGAAAUUCUACGAAAUAAACACUGGUCCGAGCUUUCUGAGGCUUAUCAAGUUUCGACUUGCGGCAGAAUUUUUUGAUGAGUUUCAAAUAGCGGAAGACGACCAGAUGGGAAUGGUGAUUUCUUUGCGGCGAUCAAGCAAAACAAGCCCAGACUUAGGCGUGGAGAAGUUUAAUGGAUCGGCAUCAUUCGACACCGACCCGACCGAGCUGCCUAACCCUUUCGCCAAGUCAACACAGCCAACGGUUGUCCCGUUUUCUCUUAAACAAUUCAUGGAAUUGUCUGAGAAGUACAGGGAGAAUGUCAGCUUCUACGCAGAUGCAACAGUUAACAAUAUGAUGCUUGAAUCAGAUGAAGUGUGCUUUAUUUGCAAUGUGUACUCGACAUCAACUGAUAUAUUUACUUGCCGGGUUUGCAUGAAAUCUUUCCACGAAGGGUGUUUACGAAAGAUUGGCGACCUUUCCGCUGAAGUUGCCAGGCUGCAUGCCAACGCAAUUUCUAAAUCCAGUAUUGGGUGGUCGUGUUAUAAAUGUAGCAAUUUGUCUUUGUUAUUGACCGAAGAUGAAAUGCACGAAAUCAUGGAUCUUUUCGAUGACUACGAUUCAAACCAAGAUACGCAGAUAUCGCUAGAGGAAUAUGUUCAAUUCAAAGAAAUGCAAUUUGUCAAGAAAACGAAAGACAGAUGCCCAGAUGACCUGAAGAAGUUAGCAAGUGAUGAGUUCUGUAUGAUAGAUAGGGAUAAGACUGGAACCAUUGACUGGUGGGAAUUUCUCAACCACGAGUCUAUCAAGAUGCUAGCGAGAAGAGACAAGGAAGAACUGGUUGCCAUUUUGUCACCCAAGGAGGUCUCAAAUGUAAGAGACAAAUUCAAAGCUCUCGAUGUUGAUAAUGACGGUAGAAUAACAGAAUAUGAGGCGCAAAAGGCUUUUUUUGAUUGGUUUGGGAAACUUGCAAUCAAGGACCAAUCUUCCGAUACUGUGAAUGGCAGGCAUCGAUCCCUUAGCAAAUCAUUGAGUGAAGAAACAGUGAAGAACCAUGCUCACAACAUGACAAUGCUGGUGAUGGAAGCAGAUGCAGACAGGAACAGGUAUGUCGACUGGGAAGAAUUUCUGAAAAAUGAGGCAAUAUACAUAAUUUCGUCACGACCGAAUUUGUCUCUGCCUAUGCUGGUCAAGGAAUAAGAAAGACAAUUUUCAUUUUAUGGUCAUCUGAAAGAAUUCUCGCAGUAUAACUUUUCUUGGUGGUAACUGGCUGACAUGAGACUCCUGUGCCUCGAAGAUUUUCGAGAAGAAUGCUCCACCCGGGUAUUGCUGAAACAACCAAUACAACAGAAAAGGCACCGACGAUAGCCAAUUUUGGCUUAAUGGAUUGAUACACAGAACAUUUAUGCUCCACGCUCCUUAAAGUUAUUAAUGAUGACUGAAACACACUGAACUUGCUAUCUAAAGAAUCUUAUUUGGUCAGUACUAAGUGCUGUAUUUAUUUUUUAAAUGCAGCUUUGACUGGCUUGCUUUUUUUGUUUAGAACUUUGGUUGGCAUAGAAAAUCAACUCUUUUACCGAAAGCAACUCUGUAAAAAAUGAGCGCCAGAAUACAAUCUGGUUUUUCUAUUGUAAAAAAUCAGUUAUAUGAAAUUCAUUAGUCAGAUUAAUGAAUGUCAUA